GAUGGCAUAGAAAUUAUGUCAGAACGAAUUAGUUUGUGUAUUUUCUCAUAAAUGUAGUUAAUAAUCAGAUAGCGGAUCAGAAUGAAUCACGAAGAAAUAAAAGCAGUGGUGCAAGAAAAAUUUUUAUCCAGUGAGAGAGUUACAGCUUUUUUAUCUGAUGCAAAAGUGCUCCACCCAGAAUGGGUGAAGAAAGACAGACUUCUCGCUAUCGUGGAAUACGGGGACGAGAAAGCUGUUUUUUGUUUAUUCUCGUCAUGCUACCCACCAAAGUCCUUCACCGAUUUAUCGAUAGAAAUAGUAUUGCCUAUUGACAACAGUUUCAAGUGUGAAAUCGAUAAUAAACCGUCGGAUCCUGAAGCAAUCUUGUACCUGAAUUUACAAUCUCGUAAUGAUAAGUUCAAGUUUGAAAUUCAAAUGACACCGCGCGUUGAUAAUUUCGUGGAUGACCUAUUUAGAGGAAUAGAAGCUGUAAACAAAAUACCGACACAACCAGAGUUUGUUUGGCUCAAAAAAUACAGUACAAAGGAUGAGGAGGAUAUAAUAACUGAAAGCAUAAUUCUUCCAAGAAGUGGACUGUCCAAUAUGCAGAACUCCGCUCCAGUUGCCAUAAGAGAAAGCUUGAUAAAAAGGAAGAUGAGUGACAAGGAAUCAGAGUACACAUUUACUAAAAAAUUUUCAAUUUUCUGCGGAACUUGGAAUGUAAAUGACAAAUCUCCUGUCAUUCCAUUGAAAGGGUGGUUAAAUGUAGAUAAAGAACCACCAGAUAUAUAUGCUGUGGGCUUCCAAGAACUUGACUUAUCAAAGGAAACUUUCCUUUUUGAUCAAACAUUUAGGGAGGAUGAAUGGUAUUGUGCAGUUUUGAAUUAUGUUGAUAAGAGAGCAAAAUAUGUCAAAAUUGAGAAAGUGAGACUAGUUGGCAUGUUGCUGAUUGUCCUAAUAAAAGAUAAAUAUUUUCCUUUUGUCCGGAAUGUGGUUUGUGACACAGUUGGUACAGGUAUCAUGGGUAAAAUGGGAAACAAGGGUGGGGUAUCUAUAAGAUUUGAUUUUCACAACACAUCUAUAUGCUUUGUGAACUCUCACUUGGCUGCACAUGUUGAAGAAUAUGAAAGGCGUAAUCAAGACUUCAGAGACAUAUGUAAUAGGACAAGGUUUCCGCAGACAAACCAGCAACCCAAAGCUAUCAAAGAUCAUGAUCACAUUUACUGGUUGGGAGACCUCAACUAUCGAAUAACUGAAUUAGAUCCUAUAGCAGUAAAGAAAUUUGUCAAUGAAAACAAUUUUGCUCCAGUGUUGGAGUGGGACCAGUUAAAGCAACAGCACAAAAACAAUAAUGUAUUUUCUGGAUACUAUGAAGGACUCAUAUCUUUCAAGCCAACAUAUAAAUAUGAUCCAGGGACUGACAAUUGGGAUUCCAGUGAGAAACACCGAGCUGCAGCUUGGUGUGACAGAAUUUUCUGGAAAGGUGAUAGAAUUACACAACUAGCAUAUAGAAGCCAUCCGGCCCUUAAUAUAAGUGAUCACAAACCUGUUUCAGCAUUAUUUAGCUCUGAAAUUAAAAUAAUUGAUGAAGAGAAAUACAGGAAAAUAUAUGAGGAAGUUAUUAAACAACUUGAUAAGUUAGAAAAUGAGUUAAUACCACAAGUGAAGGUUGAUGUAACCGAAGUUGAUUUUGGCACAGUCAAGUAUUUAGAAUUGCAAGUUAGAACCAUAACUAUAAAGAAUAUAGGAAAAUUACCAGUUGAAUUUGAGUUUAUUAAGAAGUUGGAUGAAACAAACUUCUGCAAAGAGUGGCUCAUUGUUGAGCCAUACAAAAAGUGCAUAUGUGCUGAUGAAACUUGUGAAAUACAACUCAAAGUCCUGAUCAAUAAGACAUCUGCUUGUAAAAUGAAUGCAGGGACAGACAAGCUGUAUGACAUUUUGGUGUUACAUUUAUAUGGGGGUAAGGAUAUAUUUAUCACAGUUAACGGAACUUACCAAAGAAGUUGUUUUGGCUGUUCCAUUGAAGUGCUUGUUAAUUUAAACAUGCCUAUAAGAGAGGUUCCUGUGGGAAAACUAAUUGAGUUGGAGAAUAAGAGAGACCAGUGUGUUUCCAACCAAUCAACUUACUCUAUACCAAAGGAAAUAUGGUUUUUAGUUGACCAUAUUUAUUUGCAUGGGUUGAAAGAGCCAAACUUGUUUGAGCAGCCUGGAUUACAUUCAGAAGUCUUGCAAAUAAGGGACUGGUUAGACAGUGGAUCAAUCGACCCUAUUCCAGGCAGUAUACAUUCAGUUGCAGAGGCUCUGCUGUUACUUCUAGAAAGUACAGCAGAUCCAAUCAUCCCUUACAAUCUACAGUCUAUCUGCCUAAGAGCUUCAGCAAAUUACUUACAAUGCAAACAAAUUAUAAUGGAAUUGCCAGAAUUCAGAAAAAAUGUUUUCCUUUAUCUGUGUGAAUUUUUGCAAGAAGCGUUGCAACACAGUGCUGAAAAUGGACUUGAUUCGAAGACAUUGUCUACACUUUUUGGCGCCAUAUUUUUAAGGGACAAUCCGAAUAUAGUACAAGAACCCCAGUCUAGAAUUAAUAAACAGGUCAUAGACAAGAAGAAGGCACAAUUUGUCUAUCAUUUUCUAGUAAAUGAUCAUAGUGACUUAAUUUUUUCUAAAUAGAUAUAUUGUAAAUUAUUUUUUUAAGCUAUUUAAUACUCAAAACAUUCUCUGUUAGAAAUUCGUAUAUUCUCUUUGUUGUGGUUUUCAGUCAUUAUUUAUUAUUAUUUUUUAGAAUAGUAGACUUCUCAUAUAUAUUUACAUGACAUAUUUAUAGUAACUUUAGUCCAAUUUAUCUUUUAUAUAUUAAUAAUUAAAUACCAACGAACAGCAAGCGGCCAAUUAAUGUUCUAAUCUAAUUUUUAGAUCGUAUUUUGUAAAAGUAUUUUCUCUUUAGUUAAGGUAUAUAUGUAUACCAUAUCCCCAACAUGACUGCAUGUACAUUGUUUUAGUUAAAAAUGCAAAUUAAAUCGGACUAAUAUUAAAUCACUUACAAUUUAAAUUUAAUAAGUAUUUCUAUUUACUAGAUGAAGAAAUGAUAGGUAAAUAAUAAUCAUUAUAUUCAGUAUAAAACAAAUCGUGAAGCCAUAGACUUCCUUUUGCGAAAUUUGUGUCAUAUUUUUAUCUCUGUAGUUUACCACCAGCAGUUAGUUUUCUGGUUUAAUUAAUGCACUAUAUUACUUUGGAAUUUUGGAUGUAUUUUUACAAGUAUUUUGUAAUCAUUUUACCUGCUUAGUAUCAAGCGAAUUGAGGGCCAAAGUGCAAAUGAGUACACGGCCGCAAUUUACGUUUUGUUUGAAUGAGUUCUGUAGAACUCUCUAGAAUCUGUAGACUAGAGUAGAUUAUUUUUAAUUACACAAAUAUGCAAGGAGGCGCGUUUGCACUGUUUCCGAUUUAUUUGGUUGUUAUUUCAAUAUAAAAUAUUAUUUAUUUGUAAAAAAAUUAAAAAUAUCAAUACCUAUUUAAUGAAAAAUGUGUAGAGCUACCAAUGAAGGAAGUCGCAUUUUGUAGCAGUAAUUGUAUAUUUCGAGCUUUUUUUUUGUAUAACACAAAAAAAUCUUUGAAAUGACUUAAAAUAAAUAUUUCAGAACUGUUUACUAUACCUACUUAAAAUUUUACACUGUAACACAUUUUUCAUUCGAUUAUAUUUUACACCAGGUUUGAGGUCACAUUUUGUAUACAAAACUAUUAAUCUUGUAGUAUUGCAUUGUUACGAAAAAUAUUCAAAGAUGUAAGCCUUCGAAGUUAAAAAGCUACCUAAUGCUUUUCGUACCUAGUUGUACAACAUUUAGUGUAGUGUUACACAUGAUGUAUCAAUGUAUCGAUUUUACAUACAUUAUAUUUUAUCGUUGUUAACUUAUUAAAAUAUCUUGAAUGUAA